AUGCUUUUUUUUUCCGUUUUAUUAACAAUUCGUUUUGUUAUAAUUAAUUUAAUAGCUUUUAAAAUUAAUAAUAACAAAGCAAUAAGCUUUUAUUUUCCGCUUGUAAUAAUUGUUGCGUUAGCAAAUUUUGCGAUAACGGUUGCGCCCGGCAAUUUGGCGGUUUUAAAUAACCCGUUCGGAAAGUUUGGGAAAAAAUGGUUUGGAAAAUUAAUUUUAUUAAUGUUAAAUGUAUUGGUUAAUAGGUUUAAAAAAAAUUUGGUUAAUAAAAUUUCGGUAAAUUGGUUAGCAAAUUUAAUUAAUUGCUGCAUUAAUUUAUCCGUUUUUUUAUUUAUAAUUUUGGCGUUAUGCAUAUUCCCGAAAAAACCGCUUUUGCCUCCCCAACCUCGCGAUGGGAAAACGCCAUUAAAUACAGCAAAUUUAACAUUAAAUUUAAACUUUUCGCUUCCAGCUCGUUACCGAACCGGCGGAGCGGUUACCGAUCGCCCCAAAGCCAGCAACAAUACCACUAUAACCAACGCCCCCAACCCUUUCCCAACGCGUACCCGCAUUGUAAAUUUAAAAAACCAAUUAAUUAAAAUAUUAAAGCUUUUCGUGCUUUUUGGCAAUACCGAAUUAAUGUUUAAAAUUCAAUUGGUUUGCCGCAAAGCGGUUAAGCCGGCAAUUACCCGCUUACGAUCCGCCCUUACGCAUUUUUUAAUACCGGCCCCCCCCCCCCCGAAAUAUAUUUCCGCGCGUACCGAACGCAAAAUUACCAUUUUAACCAAAAACGCUUUUUUUAAAAUUGCAAACCGCAUACCCGUUAAAAUUAUUAUUAUAUUAAUUAAAAAGUUCGGUAAUAACGUAAAAGCAACGCGCAAAUUUUUUAACGGUAACCCCAAACCGUAUGCAAUAACGGUUUUAUAUUUAAAAGCGAAAUUUUUAACGUUAAACCGUUUGCAACGGGAACAAAAGCCGUUUAAUGUUAUAAAUGUUACGGCCGGAACGCAAUUAGCACGGAAACCUUUUAAAACCGUUUUAAUUACAAUUAUUACGCCGGAAAGCUUAUUAAAAAUAUAUUUAAUAUAUUUUUUAAAUCCUAAAGCAAGCCCCAAUUAA